AUGACGGGGUAUGCUCCACAAAUCGUAGAGUCGCCGCCGAAGAAGGGAGGAAUCGACUAUUCCAAGUUCGACAAGAUCGAGGAUUCAGACGACGAGAAGCCCGAGAAGGCUGCUGAGACAAAGCCUGCCGAGGCGGAGAAGCCGCACUGCCACAACUGCCACAAGGACGUGCAGAAGCCACUACGCUGUGGCGUCUGCAAAAAGGUGUCCUACUGCUCAGCAGCUUGUCAGAAGGAAGACUGGUCCUUUCACAAAAGAGUCUGCAAGAAGCCUGAGGAAAAGGCCAAGGCAGCCCCGAGGAAGGCGCCAGCCUCGGAGACAAAGAGACCUGCCAAAGAGGACAAGGUCGUUGAUAACGACGAUGACGAUGUCGGCACGUGGUAUCGACAUCGAGAGUGGAAACCAACCCAAGAGCCCAAGAAGGAAUUUAAGCCGGUUCCUGUUGAGGCGAAGGCUGGGGCUCCUGCCGAGGAUUCUUCGCCGGCAAAGGCAGGUUCGGCAUGGAAUGCUGCCGGGACCUGGGAGGAGAAAGAUGUCACGGAGUUUGCGCAAAAGGGGCUCCGGGAGGCUCUAAGCAGCUUCCAGGAUGUGGAGGCCGCUGGCGGUGUCAUCAGUGCCAGCCCUGUGGAAGCUGUGGAGGGCGAGGCCUCCAAGCCUGUCAUCCGCGGCAAGAUGCGCCACAUCUUUGACUUGAACUUCCAGGUGAAGUUUGAGUUCAAGUGGAUGGACUCGUCAGGCCAGCGAAAAGCUGAAGGCAAGAUCGCCAUCAGUGACUUCACCAACGACACCUUCACAGAAGGCGCAUAG